AUGCAACUGCUGAGGGUUUGGUCGCUCGCAGCUGCGUUGCUAUCUACUGCUGCUUAUGCAAAAGGUCCGGAAGUGAACUCAAAGGAAUUUGACAACAUACCUGCAAUCUUCUUUUACUUCGAUGAUAGUUCGGUCAUAUUAACAUUAGAUGCGAAAGCGGGAAACAUCUGGCGAUCAGAUAAUGAUGGGAAGAAAUGGCAAAAAGUACAGGAUAUUCCAGAGGGUGAUGCAUGGGAUCUGAUCGAGCAUCCAUUCGAUAAGAAGCGGGCCUUCAUUCUGGGACAGGAUACCGAGCACUGGUACACCAAAAACCAGGGCAAGAGCUGGCAGAAGUUCAAGGCCAAAUACCCAGCGUCUUAUACUCAGCCAGCCUUCUCAUUUCAUGCGGAAAAACCGAAUUUAAUACUUUACGCUGGCAGAAUCUGUGAGGAUGAUGAUUUCUUCGGACUCAAUUGCAAGGAAGUGACAUACUAUACAAAGGAUGGUUUCGACAGCGAUAUGAAGCAGCUUAGAGAUGACACUCAUAGCUGUAUCUUUGCUCGUGGAACCGAAAUCUUCAGUGAAGCGAAGGACUACACCAUAGUUUGUAUUGUCAAUGGCAAAGAUAGCUUUGCGGAACAUCGCAAACUAGUGGUUUCGGAUAACUUCUUUGAUACUGAGGUUGAGCCCAAAUUAAACGGCUAUAGCACUGUUGAUGGGUUGGCUGGUAUCGCAGGAGUACAGAAAUUUAUUGUUGCCGCUGUCAAGAGCAAAGGCACAGAUGAGAUGGCACUCUAUGUUACUGAUGACACAAUUAACUGGGACCGCGCAGAGUUCCCCCAUGACCAUGGCGGGCUUAAAGAGGAUGCUUAUACCAUUUUGGAAUCAACACCAUAUAGCAUCCAGGUAGACGUUCUCACGACAAAGCCUAUGAACCCUAUGGGCUCCCUGUUCACCAGCAAUUCUAACGGAACAUAUUUCACUAAAAACCUUGAGUAUACCAACCGUGCUCCUGAGGGUUAUGUGGAUUUUGAACAAGUACAGAAUAUCCAGGGUAUCAUCCUAGCAAACGUAGUGGAUAACGCCGAUGAAGUUGCCAAGAGCAACUCCGCGCAGAAAAAAGUCAUUUCAAGGAUUUCUUUCGAUGACGGAAAGUUUGAUACCUGGAAGCCUCUUAAGACGAAGGAUGGUGAUGAUCUUCACCUUUUUUCAGUCACCGCAUUAGCAAAUGGGGGGCGAAUUUUCUCCAGCCCAGCCCCCGGAAUUCUGAUGGGAGUUGGAAAUACUGGCAAAUACCUCGAAAGCUAUACGGAUUGUGAUUUAUAUCUUUCAGAUGACGCGGGUCUCACAUGGAACCGUGUGCGUAAAGAAGCUCACAAGUAUGAGUUUGGAGGCUCUGGCUCAAUUAUUGUCGCCAUCAACGAUGAGGAGAUGACUGACGAGGUUUUCUACUCAAUUAAUCACGGCGAUGAUUGGGAUUCAGUCAAGCUGGAUGAAAAAGUCCGUGCCAGGUUGCUUACAACGACGCCGGAUUCAACAUCUCUGUUCUUCACUCUUAUUGGAACCAAUAGAGACCGAAAAACUAUUGCUUUCUCUAUUGACUUUUCUAACGUAUUCGAUCGUAAGUGUAAGUCUGAUAAGAGCGACAAAAAUGAUGACCUCGAAAAGUGGUACGCUCGACUUGAUGAGGAUGGCGAGCCAGACUGCCUGAUGGGACACAAACAAUUUUUCUGGAGGCGGAAGAAAAACGCGAAGUGUUAUAUUGACGAUCUUUAUAAGGAUCCUGAGCCUCAAGAAGAUGUUUGCAAGUGCACAGAAGAAGACUUUGAGUGUGACUUCAAUUAUGUCAGGGAAAACGGAAAGAGAAAGGAUAAGUGUGUUAAGGCGAAGGGCGCAAAAUUUCCCACUCCCUCCGGGGAAUGCAAGAAGCCUGAAGACACAUUUAUGGGAUCUAGUGGUUACCGUAAAAUUCCGGGCAAUGAUUGUGAGGGUGGGAAAGAUUUGGAUAAGAAGGUGGAGACAAGUUGUAAAGAUGCUGCUACUGCGCCUCCGUCCAACGGUGAUAUCGUUAAUAGAAAGAAAUCGUUCCCGGGCUCCCAAGUUGCAGAGUAUUACUAUCUUGAGAAAUCGGAUAGCUCUAGUAACCAGGAUGAGACUAUUAUAAUGAGAACGGAGAAGCAAGAGAUUUGGCUCACCCAUGAUCAUGGUGAAAAAUGGGAGCGAAUUCUCAAAGAUGUCGAGGUUGUGUCGAUCUACCCCAACACCUACUUUUACGAUUCUGUCUAUUUUAUUACACCAGAUGCCGAGGUUUGGUACACCCAAGAUCGCGGCCGCAAUUUCAAGAAAAUGGACAAAGUCCCUUCAAAACCUAACAGGCGGAACCUUCAAGUAAUGGAUUUUCACCCGACAAAAAAGAACUGGCUCAUCUGGACCGGCCAGGCAGAUUGCGACAAAUCAGAAACCUGUCAUGCAGUUGCUUACUAUACCAAAGACAACGGUUUUGAGUGGCAUGAAUUACUUGAAUACGUUGGAGCUUGCAAGUGGGUUCGUGGCGAGAAGCAAAAGGUCCAAUCUGAGAAGUUGAUUUUCUGUCAACAUGACGCGAAGGAGAAUGGCUCUGGCAACAUUGAACUUGUUGCUAGUGACAACUUUUUCGAUGAUGAAAAAAAGCACUUCGAUGAUAUUAUCGGUUAUGCGACAAUAGCCGAGUUUAUCGUUGUUGCAAGUAUCAAUGAGGAUGAAACCUCUCUAAAGGCAUCAGCAUCGGUCGAUGGUUAUAACUUCGCCGAAGCUAAGUUCCCACAUAACUUCAAUGUUCCCCACCAAACAGCAUAUACAGUCUUGGACUCGAAUACACAUUCUGUUUUCUUGCAUGUAACUGUCAACCCGAAGAAAGGAUUCGAAUACGGGAGUCUUCUGAAGUCAAAUUUCAACGGCACAAACUAUGUUCUCUCUCUUGAUGCCGUGAAUAGGAACGAACUUGGUUUCGUCGAUUUCGAGAAAAUGCACAGUCUUGAGGGAGUCGCCAUCGCAAACCGUGUCACUAAUGCGGAGAAAGCUUUAGAUGGGGAGAAGAAGAAGCUGGAAAGUUUGAUUACUCAUAAUGAUGGAGCAACGUGGGAAUACAUUCAGGUUGAGGGGAAAGACUCUGAGAACAAGGACUACUCCUGCAAUCCCAAAAAUGUAGAUGAUUGCCAUCUAAAUCUACACCACUACACCGAGCGAACUGAUCCCAGGGACACAUUCGCAUCUGGCUCUGCUGUUGGUUUGAUGUUGGGUGUUGGGAACGUCGGAAGAGAACUUACAGGUUAUAGAGACGGCGAUACCUUUAUGACCAGGGACGGCGGCAUCACAUGGAAGGAGGUUAGAAAAGGACAGCAUAUGUGGGAGUAUGGUGACCAAGGUUCCAUCAUUGUCAUCGUAGAUGUAAUGGCUGCGACAGACCGUGUAGUGUAUACCCUUGACGAGGGUGAAAACUGGCAUGAGUACAUAUUUGCGGACAAGGACGAGAAGGUUGUUGUCAAAGAUAUCUCGACGCUGCCGACUGAUACGAGUAGAAAGUUUAUCCUUUGGGGUAGACAAGAAGGUGGCGGAGACGAGUUUUUGACAAUUCAACUUGAUUUUACUGGAAUCACGGAUGUUCAAUGUGAAUUAAAGGAGGGUGAUGAAGCGAAUAGUGACGAUUUCGAAGUUUGGUCGCCGAAGCACCCUGCAGGCCUUCCUGGUUGUCUGUUUGGGCGCGUAACAGAUGAUUUCAAUUAUGAACGACAAAAUGAUGGAACUUGUGGCUUAGUCAAGGGCUACAGUCCUCCAGAUCACAAGGCCAUCUGUACACAGGAUAAAAACGCGAUAGAAUAUUUUGAACCCACGGGUUACCGCCGCAUUCCUUAUUCCACCUGCGAGGGUGGCCAUGAACUCGAGAAAACCACACCAAAGCCCUGUCCUGGCCACGAACAAGAUUUCGAGAAAAAACGGGGGCGCGGCGCUAAGGGAUUUAUGCUCUUCCUCGCUGUGGUUACACCUAUCGCGGCCGCGUUUGGAAUCGGUUGGUUCGUCUGGACAAAAAUAUUGGAUGGUCGGUUUGGUGCUAUUAGGCUUGGGGAAGACUCAAGCGGACAGAGUCCUUUUAUCAGAUAUCCUAUCAUCGUCAUUGCAGCUCUCGUGGCGGUUGUUGUGUCGAUUCCCACAAUAUUGCAGGCAAUUGGCACUUGGGUUGGAGGGAAGUUUACUAGGACGAGGCGGUAUACUAGCAGACAGUCAUUUGCGAGAGGGGCAGAUUACUCGAUUGUCAACAACGAUGAAGGCGAGCUGUUGGGAAGUGAUGAUGACGAUGAACUUUGA